AUGGAGAAUCAAGGACUUUCACAACAACUAUCACCGAAUAAUGGGAUAGACAACAGUUACUUUCCCACCUAUAAUCAUUAUAGGGCGAGACGGACAUCCUUGGAAAUUCCUCACGAAGAAGAAGAAAUGUCACUUGACGGGGAUUCAACAUUUUUUAACUAUCACAAUCGUGACAAUUACAAUAAUACGAAUAUCACAGCAGAAACGAUAUACAAAUCUUUGCUUCAAAGGAAACCCGGCGGUUCGGUAUACAGUUAUUCAGCAGCAUCAUCAGCCAGGGCAAAAAUACAACGCUCUCAAAAUGUUCGUAAACCAGACAGAGUUGAAGUACCUAAAGAUGGAAAUCUGAGCGGGCUUUCUUGCAGAGACAUUUGCUCUGUAUUAAGUUGCAUGAAUUUUAAUCCGUCGAUAAUUGCUCGAAUCAAAAACCACAGAAUAAACGGCAAAUCAUUUGCUAAACUCACAGACGAUGACCUGAGAGACUUAGGAAUCUACAAUCCUGUUAUUCAACACUUUCGGAAUAAGAGCAAACGAAAACAUGGCAUAUUUAUGUUAUGA